AUGGAUCCAGAGACCAACAACCAGUCAUCAGUGAAGGAAUUUGUUUUCCUGUCUUUCCCAGCCCACCGUGAGGUUCAGAUCUUCUCCUUUGUGGUCCUGCUUUUCACAUACCUGCUCACCCUCAUGGGAAAUGUGGUCAUCCUCUCCAUUAUAUGGACUGACCUGCGACUCCACACUCCUAUGUACUUCUUCCUCAGUAAUUUGUCUUUUCUAGACAUCCUAUUCACUACCGUGAUUGCCCCCAAAAUGCUGUCCAGCCUCCUGGCUGAAAAGAAAACCAUUUUGUUCACAGGCUGCAUCACUCAGACAUAUUUUUAUUUCUUCCUGGGAACGGUGGAGUUUAUCCUCUUAGCAGUCAUGUCCUUUGAUCGGUACGUGGCCAUAUGUCAUCCAUUAAGGUACACCAUCAUUAUGAAUGAACAUGUGUGCUUCCUUCUGGUUCUGGGCUGUUGGGUAGGGGCUUUCCUCUCAGUUCUUUGCCCUACAGUUGUUGUCUCCAGACUUCCAUACUGCCGCCACAACAUCAACCACUUCUUUUGCGACAUUGCACCUCUGCUGGAAGUAGCCUGUGUAGACACUCACUUCAUUGAGCUCCUUAACUUCCUUCUGUCUUCCUUGGUGGUCCUCAGCUCAUUGGUGCUCACUGUGGUCUCUUACAGCUAUAUCAUCUCCACCAUCCUGAAAAUCCCAUCUGUCCAAGGGAGGCAAAAGGCCUUCUCCACCUGCGCCUCUCACAUCACUGUGGUCACCAUCGCUUAUGGGAGUUCCAUCUUUAUGUAUGUCCGUCCAAAUCAAAGCUACUCUCUGGCUCUUGAUAAGGUUGCUGCCAUCCUGACCACAGUGGUGACUCCUCUUUUGAACCCUUUCAUAUACAGCCUCAGGAAUGAGAAGGUCAAAGAAGUUUUGAGGGAAGCCCUAAGCAGGACAUUUUGCUCUAAGGAGGUGGUUUCCUGA